GUCGGGAGGCCCUCAGCAGCAUCUUUGGCGCUCCGCAGGCUUUGGCUCGAUCACCCGCUGUGUUGUGUGCUCCCGUUGAUCCUGUAGCGGAGCCAUGGCAGUCACGGCUCAGGAGGCGCUGCAGGAGGCGGAACGCCUGCACAACUCAGCGCGCAAUCUGAGCCAGAGGGUGGCAGGCUACUCCAAGAAGCUGACCAGCGAGGGUGAUGCCCUGUCGGAUGAGGUGUCGUUCCUGUCCAAGAACAUUGAGCGCAUGUUGGAGCGCGCCUCCAAGGAGCUGGCCGCCGCCGAGGCCGCCGACUGGCUGGACGUGCUGCAGACGAUGGAGAGCGCGCGCGGCAUCGUCAGGGGCAGCGGCCCCGGCGGCGACCUGCGCAAAUUCAGCAACGCCAGGAAGCCGGCCAUCUUGCAGCUGCUGCUGGGCCCCUGCUGCAACGUGGUGUCCAUUCGCAAGGAUCAGAGCAUCAAGCUGAAGGAGGAGUACCACCGCUUCCGCAACCGCUCAGCCUACAGCAUGGUGGCCAUCGCGGGCACGCUGCUGGUGGGGAUGAUGCGCGCCAAGGCGGUGGCGGAGGCGCACGAACAGUUCACGCUCACCCCGCUGCUCAUCGUCGGCUGCCAGCUCUUCCUCUGCUGGCUCCUCUACUUCUACACCGCCUCGGCGAUGCGCGAGAGCGUGCUCAAGGUCAACGGCAGCCACAUCCGCCCCUGGUGGAUCCACCACCACUACUGGUCGAUCUCCACCGCCAUGCUCAUGCUCUCCCUGCCCGUCGACUCGCCCUCGGUGGCGCGCUCCGUGCACACAUUCCUGUGGUGGGCCGUCCUGCAGGGCGCAGUCAUCAUCAUGCAGAACAGGUACCAGCGGCGCCGCAUGUACACGCGCAUCGCGCUGGGCAAGAGCAGCGCCAUGGACGUGGUGGGCGGCGAGUCGAGCGGGUCGUCGGGCCAGCUGCUGCUGCUGUACCCCAUGCUCUUCACCCUGCAGGGCCUGCAGUCGCUCAUCGGCUUCCAGAUGGUUCAGUCCAACUACAAGUCCUUCCUGGUGCCCGAGGGCUACCUGGACCUGGAGGCCAAGGAGAGCGACCUGUGGGGCAGCCGCGGCGUGACGCUGGCGGGCCUCAACAUGCUCUACAUGGCGCUCAUGAACUUCCGCGGCACGCUGGCCAGCAUUGUGGGCAAGACUCGGGCCAAGGAGAAGACAAUUGCCCGCAUCGCCGCCAUGCGCGCCAAGGGCCUGUGCUCGCCGGGGAAGGCUCCCUUCCUGGAUGGCGGGCUGGCGCCCGCGGGGGCGGCGGAGCUGGAUGAGAGUGAGAAGCAGAAGUGAGCGGCCCCAGGACCCCAUGAACCUUCCAUGUGCUGAGCACGCCAUUCUUUGGCGGCGAACAGUGUGCCCUGUCAGAAGCCUACAGCCCAUGAUGGGGCACAGCUGCUGCAAUUUUGAUCUCAGUGAAUUCGGCCUGGCGGCCCAUCUAGAGUAGCUACGAGCGACUUUUUCGAGGAGACUGUCAUAUUGUACAGUUGUUCAAUGGUGCUCCACAAUGCUACAUAAUGCACGGC